AAAACUCAUAAAAUUGUUAAGGUUUCAAUUUAAAUCUAAAAUCAAUUGUUUAAUUAUGUUAAGCAGUAAAGGAUUGUUAAGUAUUUAUACUUCGAGACAUUUAAAACUAUUUAAUCGAUUAUUGUCAACAAAAGUUGCUAAAGAAUUAAAAUUACCAAAGAGAAAAAGCACUGUAACAGAAAAAGAAGUGUAUAAAUAUUUUAAUUAUCCAGAAAGAAAAUUGGCUCACAGCUUUCCUGAGACAUUUUUUGUAAAGAAAAGAGGAAAAACUCCAGAUAACUUUUAUAUAGCCAGCAAUGUAGCAGCAUCAACAAUAGCAGAUUCAAUAAAAAAAGACUUGCCAGCUGACAAAUUAAUUAUGGAAAUUAAUCCAGGAAUUGGAUUAUUAACGGAGAAGUUAAUUACAGAAACUCACAAUGAUUUAUUCCUUUAUGAAGCUCAUGAACAACUUUUUGAUAAACUGGCUAUAAUAUUACACAAAAGUCAGCACCGGAAGAUAUCACUUAAACAGUGUGACUUUAUUGGACUUUGGAAAAUGGGAUAUUUAGAUAAACUAGACGAUGGAAACCGCGUAGAACUAUUAUUUGAUAAAAUUCAAAGAAAGGAGUUUGAUGACGAUACUUGUGCUCGAUUGUUUGCAUGCAUUGGGUCUGCAAAGUUUUUCAAAGAUUUCAUUAAUUCCAUCAUCUUUCAAAUUGGAUUUUCAGCUGUCGGUCGGUUCGAAAUGUUUCUCUGUCUUCCUCCUCCUAUUUUCAUCCAACUAGCUGCGUCACCUUUAGCAGGCUACUUCCUCUAUCGCCCAACAUCUGUUUUAUUUCAACUUCUUUUUGAAUAUGAAUUCAUAACGAAAAUUGAUAGACGACAGUUUCUGCCUUGGAGAGCAACGCCAACUAAUUCGCCCAAAGUAGGAAAAAUCUUACUUACUGACUUUGACUAUAUGUACUUAAUUAGAGUUGUUCCAAGAAAAAAUCUCUUUCAAUAUUGUACACCCAAUCAUUUACCAGCUCUUUGGUUUUAUGUAAAACAGCAUUUAUCGAGUAGAAAAAAACAAGUUAUACCGACAUUAGAACGAUGGAUUCCUGGCUGUGGACCAAGAUUAAUUGUAAAUGCAAAGCCAAUUAAAAAACCAGAAACACUUUUUCCGUGCAAUGAAGCGACUAGUCUACCAUCGUUUGUAGCUCCUUCUACUUCAUUAACGGUUAAUGACUUUGUUGACAAUAUCAAUAUCUUCACGCAGUUUGGAAACUUAACGCCAACACAAAUUUUAACAACAUUUAAUGAGUUUAUAAAUUGGCCAGAGUAUGAGAGCUGUGCCUUUGUUGAUGUUUUAGAAAAGGCACUAAUGAAAAUGCAUACACGACCAGAAGAUGCAGAUGAUGUUCUAAGUGACGACGAUAGCGAAGAAGAUCCAAAGAAUUUUAAAGAAGGAAGUUAGAAAACUAUUAAAUAGAGAUUCACAAUUGAAAUAAAAAAUUGGUGUGAAUAUGAUAAAAUUAAAGUCACUUUAUAUUUUAUUUUUAAAAAUCUUUGAUUAAGAAAAUUAAGUUACUCUAUCGUAGAUAUACAUUUGUCUUCUUGUGAUCUUUUUCCAGCAAACAAACAGUACGAUCCUUUCUCAUCAACGGGAACUGAAGUGUAGUUGAGAGGAGUCGCUGAAAUUUCUUCUUCACCAAAACGAUUGCCAAAAUUAAUGGUGCAUGUUAAUUGUAAUGUCGAUGAAUCUACUUGAACAAUUAAAUGUUUUGGACAACCUCCGUUUUCAUUUAAAUUCACACAUCGUCCUUUAAAGUAAACUUUCUUUCCAAUACAUUGGUUUCUCAUGCAUUUCGGAGAAGCCUUUUUAGGUGGUAAAACCAGAA